AUGUCAUAAAAAGUGGUUUGUUAUGAUUAACUUGAUGAUAUUUUAUCUUAAAGCUAAUUGAAUCAUGUUAAUUUAAAAAUAGAUGUUAGUAACAAUGCUAUUGGUGAUGAAGGAACUGAAAAGUUGAGUUUUGUUUUAAAAAAUUCUACCAACCUUGAAACUUUGAGCUUGAAUCUAGGAGUAAAUAAUAUUGGAAAUGAUGGUCUAAAAUUUUUAAGUAAUGCUAUUGAAAACUGUAUUAAUCUUAAAUCCUUAAACCUCUAACUUUACUCUAAUUUAAUCAGUGCCUAAGGAAUUCUAAAUUUAGCUAAUGCUUUAGAUAGGUGCAAAGAUCUUUCAAUUUUGAAUUUAAAUUUAGAUAAAAAUUAGAUAGGAGAUAACGGUCUUCUAUAUUUAGCUUCUACUAUUCAAAAUCGUUUCGAACUUGCUAGUCUUACUAUCUAAGUUUUAAAAAACUCAAUUACAGAAAAAGGAUCAUAAGGAUUUUUUACAGCAAUCAGCACCUGUUUAAAUCUUAAAAAUUUAGAAAUAAAUUUUAACAAAAAUUAAAUAGAAGCUAUAGGAGCAUACAACUUAGGAAUUGGCUUAUCUAAAUGCCUAAACCUUAUAAAUUUGAAUAUAAAACUUUAUUCUAACAAUAUCGGAGUGAAAGGAGCUUCAGAUCUAGGAUCUGGUCUGUCUUAGUGUAUCAAUCUGAGAGAUUUAACUCUCUACUUAUUCUAAAAUAACAUUAAGGACUAAGGCACAUCAAAUAUAGCUUCUUCUUUAGCAAAUUUGAAUUAAUUAUAAAAUUUAGUGUUAAAUUUAGAUGUCAAUAAAAUUCAUAAAAACGGUGUAUCUAAUCUUGGUUCUUUCUUAAAAAAUUAUAAAAGUCUUCAAAAUUUAGAACUCCAAAUAAACGUUAACAACAUUAGCAAUAGAGGUAUACUUAAUCUGAUAAACCAAUUGUCUAAAUGCUAAAAACUAAUUAUAUUUGAUCUAAGUUUUGAGUACUUUAAAAAACAAAAAAAUAUAAAUUUAUAUUUUGAAUACAAACUAUUAUUUUUUUAUUUAAACUUUAUUAUCUAAUAGAGAAAACGAAAUUGA